GUAAUGACCCAGUGGCCUAAUGGAUAAGGCAUCAGCCUCCGGAGCUGGGGAUUGUGGGUUCGAGUCCCAUCUGGGUCGUAUUUAACUUUCUUUUAGGAGUUCAGGAGUCAUGUCUUUACAGUGUGGCUGUUUAAAUAGCAAUGAGGAAUCUUAAAGCAACCAUUUCGCGAUAUAUACAUGCAUUUCGUCCCGUCCUAUAUACGCCCUCAUAUUCCAGAAGUAAAAUAGGUACAAGUCAAAACACUGUGCAAUGAAAACAGCGAAGUCAGUUUGUUUUUCCUACAAAACAGCUGAAUGAGCAAAUGCCCAUUUGUCUCCAGGUAAUAAACAUGUUUUUACCUUUACUCUCGACACGUAUGGUAAACCCUGGUCAAGUAAUUUGACAUAAAGUUGCAUAAUGUCUAAAUUGUGAACAUGAUUAUUUUUAAAAGACUAUUUUAAGACCAGUGAGGUGAAGUUUUCUUAUUAUAGCAUACUGCUGCGGGCUAAAUUUACAGCGUCACAGGAAACUAAAAAGUACCUUUAACUGGCCACUGGAGGGCAGCAAAGUCUAGUUUAGUUCAACUUGUAAUAUUGACUUGUAGAAAAAUUCAACAUGGGCUACGUUUGAAAUGGGAAAAAAAGACAAUGGGAUACCUAUGAUAUUAAAAGGUCUAAAACUCAAUCCACUCCAAGUCCAUUUUAAAAUGAUUCACCAGUCAAAGUUUACGGUUGCAUCCCAUCUGUUUUGAAAUAGUAUUUAUGAAUGAAAGGAAUGCCAUAGCUGUGUGAAUUUAGCCACGCCCCUCCCAUCCAUCCCAUCAGACAGCAGUAUAAAAUCCAAGAAAACCCUGCGUUGUAGCAGACGUGGGUACAUUGCACAUGCACUAAACACAAUGGCAAGGAUUUUUGUUUUUCUUCUACUUCAGACGUUUCCUUGUUUUAACUCAGAAGAACAUGUCAUUACGGAGCUGUACACAGUGGUUGAAAAGGGUCCGAGCAGUUUUGUGGAAGGAGCUCAGAUCAAUCAGAGCAGACAGGUGGUCAAGGAGCCGUCUUUGCCCAUUAAUGAGCUUUUAGAGAAGAGCAGCCGAACAAGCGAGUCUAAGUUCACCUUGCACCCUUUGCCUUCUGUGGUGUGGCCUAAACAUAGUGACUUGGUUCCCCUGUCCCGCCACCAUAACCUCCACAAUAAAAGCAAGAAGGGUUUAAAGACGGAUCGUCUGAUUGAGCACAACAGUGAGAAGACCAGAGAGAGUGCAGGUCUGCUUCCAAAAAUCCCAGUAAUAGGAUCUACAGCUGCUGUCACCAACAAAACUAUACAAAAAUCCAACCAGGACCUUCUCUCCAGCACAAGCCCAACCCAGGUCAGCGAGCAUGAAGUGCACCCCAACAGUAGAGCCAGAGCUCCUCCUCCACCUCUUCAGCCUGAACCUCCAGCUAGUGUCCCACGUAAAGACCCCCCAAACCGCAGGAUGAUGGACCCAGAGGAGAACCGUCCGGGCAAGUCCAGUAUCUAUCAGUCAGGAAUUGUGAGCCGAAACAACAGCCGUCCCUCUGUGCUGUACAACCGCCGCUCCUCCAGCCUCCUCUAUCACUUUGAUGUACUCAGAAGAGAGUCAGACUUCACACAUGAUGCUUUCUGCCUGAGUGAAUGCAGGAAGGAGAGGGACGAGCGCGAACACUACUGCUACAGCGAAUUUGCCAUCAAUGGGAUUGUCCAUGACAUUGACGUGCUGCGUAAAGGAGUGCGUCUGAUCACACUGAUGGUUACUAGUGAUGGCUUCUACAAAAUGAGCCGCCUCUACGUGACCCCGGACAGCUUCUUCUUUAAAGUCCGCCUUCUGGUUGUGGACACAUUCAAAUGCAGCAAACCUUGUCCAGAUAUCAAACUUGGGACCAGAUACAUUAUAAUGGGUCAGAUCUAUCACCGGAGGCGCCACAUUCAUUCUGACCUGUUGGCUCUUGUUGGGGGCAAACUGAAGCCUGGAGAUGGUCUGCUUCGAAGCAACAACUACAUCAAAAGGUUCAACAAACGAAGACAUCAGAAAGCUGUCGACGCCACCCGCUCCAGGUGCAGGUGAACUAUACAGACUGCUGCCCUUCACUGAGGGCCAGAGACACUGAAGCUGAUAGGACUGGUCAUAACUAGCCUCACAGUGACUGAGACAGAGGAGAAGAUAUGAGGGAAAAUACAUCGACUUAUAAUGGACAACUCUUAUAUCAUCAUGCACCUUUUCAUUUGUCUGUUCCUCAAGGAUGUAAGCUUGUCCCACUACUAUUUCUAGAAAAAAAUGUGUUUAUUCAUGGCUGGUACAUGAAAUCGACCCACACUGUCUUGUUUUACAUACUUGUACAAAACUCUUAAUAACUUACAAAAUAUAGGGAUAUAUUAUUUAAGUGUCCUUAAAAGUUUCUAUAACCUCGUAGCAUCAGUUAAGUGGAAGGGGCAUUUUAGUUAAAUGAUGUUGUAGGUCGAAGAAUAAGGGUGAAUAACAUUAUUAAUGUCUUCAUAAUAUUAAGGACGCAUGGAACUUCAAACAAGGCCUGGCUAAAUAACAAAAGAGAGUAAAUUAUAUAUGAGUGGACUAAGCCAUAAAUUAAUUCUGACCCUAGUGGGGAAUGAGUUGGAAUUGAAAUCUUGGGAAUUUUGUAGCUCACUACCAGAUGCCAAAUGUCAACAUGGCCAAACCAGGAAUUAUAUAAAAAGAUUGUUAUCUGUUAUCCUGAUUGUAGUUGGACCUGGGAUGGGAGUGAUUUGCACUGUUUUAUACACAUUUUUGAAAAUAAAAUGUGUUUUUGUUCUUAU